AUGAAUCUUUCUCGUCGAUUACGACCUCUAGUCUUUUAUAUUCGUCAACGUCAUAUUUGGGUAUCUAUUCUAACAAUUAUUGGUAUUCUAAUUUUUCACAAAGAAAUCAUCUAUCAGAUAUAUAUACGAACAUUUUAUAUAUAUCCAUAUAAAAACUCAAUUACUAUAUGGAGUACUGAUUAUCAUGUUAGUCCGAUUCGUGAUGUAAAAAAUAUUCUUACACCUUUGGAUGUCAAAUUUCUGGAUAAAAGUCUUUCAUAUAGUUGUUCACAAACAAGAACAUGUUAUUCUCCUCUUCGUAUAUUAACACGAAAAAAUGCAAUGAAUCCAUCGAGAGAUAUUGCUUGGGAUUUUUAUGAAUUUUAUAAAAAUCAAAUUGAAAUGAAUCUUAUUGAUGCAUUUAUCUGUUUUCAUCCAGUAGGAAUGUGUGAAUUAUAUAUGCCAUUUAAUCGAAGUAUUAUUAUUAUUGCAUCAACACGUUAUGAACUUUGGAGAUUUCAACCAAAACAAUGGAAUAAAUUAAAUGAAAAUUUGAAAAAAAUUUCUCAAGAUCCAAAAAAUGUUAUUGCUGCUAAUAAUUUAUAUGACGCCGAAUAUAUUCGUUAUUUUACUGGAAUAAAUGUAACAGUUUUACCAAGUCUUUGCAAUUAUACAAAUGUUGAUUAUCAACCGAUAAGAAAAGAAUUUUUACUUUCUCUUACUCAUGAACAAAAUUUUAAUAAAAUAUUCAAGGAAUUUCUCAAUAAAUCUUUACAAUCCUAUGAAAAACUUAAUAUAAAAAUUGUACCAAUUAGACAAAUUUAUCAUAAUUAUAAAUAUUCUGAUUUAGCUAAACAUCCAGCCAUUGUUUAUGUUCCUUAUCAAGUUUCAGUGAUGAGUUUAUUUGAACAAUAUCGAAUGAACAUUCCACUUGUAUUUCCAUCACUUGAUCUUUUAACUCGAUGGCAUGAAGAAUAUGGUACAGUUAAUGAAAAAACUUGGGAUCAAACAUUAUAUGGUACAUUACCACAUGGUUCGCAUAUUAAAGGUGUUCUAUCGGAUGUACCUGAUCCAAAUGAUGAUCGAAAUCGAACAUCAAUUCGAUAUUGGUUAAAUUUUUCAGAUUUUUAUCAAUGGCCACAUAUUACAUAUUAUGAAUCUACUGAUGAUCUUGUUCAAAAAUUAAGUACAACAAAUUUUGAUGUAAUUAUAAUGUAUGAAUGCGAACUAGUCAAUCAACAAUUGACUGAUUAUCAUUUAUAUGCUUCCUCUAUUGUUAAUUUUCUGCAAAAAUAUUUAACACAAUUUCAUAAAGCAUUAAUAACUUAUUCAAUUGUUCUUAAACAUCUUCAUACAAAAUCAACUAAUCUAUUAAUAAAAACUAAUUUUAAUCAUCAAUUAACAAAACAUUUACACGAUGGUUUUUUAUCAUUUAUUCAAACAUUCGAUGAUGAAUAUCAUCAAUUAGUUCAACGUGCUAAAUUUCUAAAAACUAUUCAUUUAACAAUUGAAAAACUUCAACAACAACUUAAAUCAUCGAAACUUCUAAAACAAAAACAUAAAUAUACUUAUCGUAUAAUACAUUUAAAUCGUAAUAAAAAACGACAAUAUCUACAUCAAUUAUUUCAACAAACGCGAAAACAUGAUACAUUUGCAUUAAAUUGGAAAGAUAAUCUUGAUAAUAUUACAUCACAAACAACAAAUCUUCUUUGGAGACUUUCUUCAUAUUCACCGUAUAAAUUCGAUGUACAACUCAUGAAAAAAUCAACCGAGUCUCUCUCAAAUAAACAAGAUAAUCAAUUAACGUCUAUAAAUGAGUUAGGCUCAGGUGAUCAAUUACAUUCACAAUUAAUUAAAGAAAAUAUUCCACUUGCAGUCAAACAAGAACAACAACUACUAUCAACUAGUAAUAAUGCUUUAGUCAUAUUGAAACAAUCUAAACAAAAUAGUAAUGAAAAUCAAUCGAUUUAUUCAACUGAUAUUGAUGAAGCAAUGAUUGAAAAAAAUCGGUUAGAUAAUGAUUUCGUUGAUGAUGAAGAUCUUCAAUGGUUAAGCAUAGUUACACAAAAUAAAAUUCAAUGGCAAAAAACAAAUACAUUAUCAUUAUUAACAGAUCAAAGUAGUAAUGAUAGUGAAAGUAUUAUUAAACGAAAUAAAAAUAAAAUUGAACCAAAAGAUUCAGUACAUUUAUCAGAUAUUAGUUAUACAACAGAUUAUUAUUCACAAAAUGAAUCAGAUUAA